AUGCUUAAUGAUUUCUGGUUGAGCUUGGCACACUUCCAGCUUAAUACCAUCUUCCGCCAACAAUAUGCUUGCGGCUAUUGGAUAAAAAUGAAACACUUCUUGUUUUUUGCUGCUGCUGCUGGCUUUCUGCCUGGUUUGAUUAUAAGAAUAUCUGGGGUAAAUGCAGGUAAAGUUCCAUAUGAUUCAGUCCUUACUGAAUUGCUAGCUGUCCAAACAGAAAUUGUUAAUUUACAUAACGCCCUCAGGAGAGCAGUGGAUCCACCAGCCGCGAACAUGCUGAAAAUGAGUUGGAAUGAAGAAGCUGCACAAAAUGCCAGAGAAUUGUCAAAGUAUUGUGACGUGGUGCAGAGCAACGCACUUAAGAGAAGAAUUACAAAUACUUUUUGUGGAGAAAAUAUGCAUUUGACUUCUUAUCCUAUCUCAUGGACAGAUGUGAUUCGAAUCUGGCACAAUGAGUCUAAUUAUUUUCGGUAUGGUAUCUGGUCAUCAACAGAUGAGGAAAACACAGUUGAUCAUUACACUCAGAUUGUUUGGGCUUCCUCUUACCUCAUUGGCUGUGGUGUGUCAUCAUGCUGCAAAAGAUUGUCACCUCAGUAUCUCUAUGUUUGUCAUUAUUGCCAUGAGGGCAAUGAACCUGACUUAAAGAAUAUACCUUAUCAUCUGGGCAAUGCAUGUGAAUAUUGUCCAAACAACUGUGAAGACAAACUUUGCACUAACCCCUGCAUCUAUUAUGAUGAAUACACUAACUGCCAUAUACAGAAAGUGUUUCCUGGAUGCAGCGCCCUGUCAGUCACACUACAAUGCAAAGCCACUUGCUUUUGUACCACUGAGAUCAAGUAACCCUCGUGACUUACAACUGUAAUAUGCUGUUAGUGAAAUGUCCGCUGCAUUGUAUCUUCCACCUUACUUUGCUCCAGUAGUUGUUGCUGAAUUUCAUUUGGUUUUAAUUAUACUUGAGAUCCUAAUUUUCAUUAAUCAUACACGGGACUCAGAUAUUUACACCAGUGCCACCCACUCCUGUCCUGCUACACCCUGAAGUAACAUUGGUUUAUUUCUUAUUCUUGGAGUGAAAGGUCCAGUUUAACACCUGCCCCAUAUUUAAAUCACGUGAGUUAAUGUUUAUAAGUUGACAAAAUUCAGCUGAUGGCAUAACUGGGUUCCUCUUUCUCUGUUUUAGUCCUUCUCCUGCUUUCUCUCAUCUCCAAUGAGCCUGGUGUUUGUCUUCCCUGCAAAUGUACAUGAACUAAUAAUUCUUCACUUUGCAACUUUAC